AUGGAAGAUAAUGAAGAGGGCCACCAGUUAGUCCAAAUUCUUGAGGAGGUGCAAUUCACAUUGACAAAAUCAAUCUCUGCUAAGUCAAGUGAAGGCCCCCAACCUGAAUUGGGGUCCUCUGCUUGCUGCCCUAAAAAUGAUUUGGUCUAUACAAGGAGGAGGAAAAAAUAUGGGAAAAAGCCAUCAGUCCCUCAAAAUGUUUUGGUCUAUACGAGGAAAAAGAAUGCCAAAAAGUCGAAUGAAACUGACAACGAAGGAAAGCAUUUGGCACCGAAAGUCGAGCUCGAUGAGAGGACAAUGAGAGAAUGGGAAAUCUCGACUGGAAAACUCGAUUCUAGUAAAGACUCGGUUGAAGGUGAAAUCGAGUGGUGGGAGAAGGAGAGGAGAUCUUUUGUCGAGCGGGUCGAAUCUUUUGUUUCCAGCAUACGACCUAUCCAAGGAGAAAUAAAAUUUUGCAAGUGGAAAGGUUCAGUCUUGGACUCUAUAAUGGGAGCGUACCUCACACAGAACGUGAAGGACACUUCUUCAAGCUCUGCCUUCAUAUCCCUCGCGGCUAAGUAUCCGCUCGAGGCAGCCCAAGUACAUUCUCUGCCACCCGAAUUUGAAAAAAUGGCUCUGAGGUCGAGUGGAGCAAAAGCGAAAGAACAUGAGGAGAUGCUGCACACUAUGGUCAGUUGGAAAAUGAAAAGGCCACGAACUACUGACUUUGGAAGGAAAAGUCAUGUGUUGAAGGGGAAAGCUAUGUGUGCAAAAGUCUCGUGUUCGGAAGUUGAAAAAAGGAGGAAAAUAAUAAAUGGUGAGGUCCUGCCCAUGACCCAUAGCUGGAAUACGAAUGCGAGAACAUGUGUUACUGAAAGGAAAAAACGUGCACUCAUAGCAGGGAAAAGGAAGAGGAGUGAAGAUGGUUGGGAUGCUUUAAAGAAACGUUAUAUGGAAGGUGAGUUUGGUGACGACACAUAUGAUAAUCACACAUCGGAUGCUUUGGAUUGGAGAGCAGUUCAGACGGCCGAAGUUGACGAAAUAGCUAAGGCUAUUGAAAAACGAGGGAUGAGCAAUAAUUUGGCCACAAGAAUAAAGAAUUGCCUCAAUAUGUUGGCGACUAAUCUCGGUUCUCUUAACCUGGAAUGGAUAAAAGGUGUUCCGGAUAACACGGUCAGAGAACACUUGUUGAGCAUAUCUGGGCUGGGGCUAAAAAGCGUGGAGUGCAUACGCUUGUUGUCACUAUCACAGAAGGGAUUCCCGAUUGACACAAACGCCGGGCGGAUUGCCGUACGUCUCGGAUGGGUCCCCAUUCAACCCCUUCCACAAGGGCAAGGGCAGGCGUUUCAUCAACUGAAAGAGUACCCGAAACCAGACAGUGUGCAGAAAUAUCUCUGGCCACGACUAUCUGAACUUGAUGUGUCAACAUUGUAUGAGCUACAUUGCCAGAUGAUCACUUUCGGAAAGGUGUUCUGCACAAAGAGAAACCCAAACUGCAGUGCUUGCCCCAUGAAAGCCGAAUGCAGGCACUACGCGAGUGCUCUAAGUGCUCGUCUUGCCUUAAUGAUGAAGCACCGGAAAAAUGACGAACACUCGAGCAAUAUAUUUGAAGAUAGAGCUGAAAGCUCGACCAGCAAUGAAACAGCAAUGCUCCCAAUUGAGUGUGUUUUCCCCAAGCGGCCACAAGGGUCAGGCAAACUAAAAUCACAUGAACCUCUUGAAUGGGACCUUGAGGACUUUGUCGUCGGAGCCAACCGUGCACCGCCGGAAUCACCCGCCUCAGCCGCCACAGCAACCGUUCCGUCCCACGCCACCUGA